CUCAUCCUGAUUGGUGGUAUUUGCCAGUUGGUGGCUGGACUGCUCUCCUUCAGAAAAUAUGAUCAUCUGAGUGGCACCGCCUUCAUUGGCUAUGCUGCUCUUUGGGGCAGUUAUGGAGCAACCCGAAUCUACAUUGGCGCUUUAGCUGAACCUCCGACAUCAUCUAUCGUAUAUCAAACAAUGAAUAAUCUGUCUCAGUCCACUUACAUGAUGAGCAACAUGACUCUAAAUGCCACCACAGAGAUCCCAGAGAUCAGCCAUUUAGGUCAGUCCAUGAAAGAGUCAGCAGUCGCUGGUCUGGUCCCCUUUAUCCUUCUGUCCUUCCUCCUAGCCUUCUGCUCUGCCACAGUCAACUACAUCAUGCCUUUUGUUUUUGGAGCCAUCACAGCCACCUUAGUUUUUGAAGCAGUGGGUCUAGUUGCAAGCUCCUGGGCGCUCGUGGUCUCUGGGGUUCUCGAGUUGCUCAUUCUCAUUUUUGCCAUCUACGGUUCAGCUGCACUGCUAAUCAAAGGUCUCACCCAGCGUCUAGUGCUCAAAGGUUUUGGCACCCCUCUCUUCAAUGUUCUUCUGCUGGGAACCCCCAACUCUGCAAGUACCCAGAGCAUUGGUCAAGAGAAGAAGAAAAACACAAAAUACGCAGAGCCCAUGGCCUUGGGUUUCUUCUGUGACACUGUUGCCCCCUUCAUCUUGGCUUUCUACAGUUUUGGGUAUGUUAAGUCAUUUGGCUUAGGAGCUGUAUGGGUCUCAAUCAUCUCAGUGGCCCAGCUGUUCUCAAGCUACUAUGCCCAUCUGCGCCAAGACUGCUACCACACAACCAAGUUUGGUCUUCAUGCUACAUAUUGGCUGAUCAAGGCUUGGGAUGAAUUUGUGGUAUCUGCUCUGACUGUAGAGAACAGUUUAUUGAUCUCAGGGAGGGAGGCGAUGGUGGGAAACUGGUUCUUUGUGGUGUCAGGCGUUGUGCUCUGCAUAGGAAGCCUGAACAUGGAUGUCCUGGAACUGAUCCACAACCUUCUCUUUGUCCUGCUCACAAUCUCAACAAUCCCCCAGAUACCUCUUCAGGCUUAUUACAUUUUCUUUGGUGUGGCUUGCUCCCUGUUCACUGCAGCCUCCCUGUAUGGGACCUUCACACGUCUCAUCAACACAAUAGCAGAGAAGUCUCUCAUCCCUAUCGGCCCACAGCCCAUCUCCAGUGAGCGGCUACAGAAAACUUUGACGUGUGGCAGAUAUAAAGAUGGAAGACAGGAGGCACUGCCCCAAACAGACCAGGCCUCAGACGCCCUGUUUUACAUUUCAAAUGGAGUUGCAGCUCUCUCAGCUCUCCAUACAAGGUUAUCAAGCUCAAAUCCCUCUUUCCUCAAUCUGACUGUCCCAUGGGUCCUCAUCUCUGGAGCCAUAAUCCAGGCCUAUGUCAGCCGGCUGCAAGUUACGGGAGGUGGCCGUUUUGGAUCUGUCAUUUCAUCCAGCUAUGUGGCAGUAUGGGCAACCUGGAGCUGGUUUAGGUUUGCAGGUGACCUCAUCCAACUUCCAAAAGAAGCAUCCUAUGGUUUUGCGGCAGGAGCCAUUGCCUUCCUGGUCAUUAACACUUUCCUCAUGCUGAUAGCUGCCUACAGGAACCUGGUUUUGCUGUUUUUAACAACAGUCAUGGAGGUUAUUCUGGUCUGUUUCCUGCUGUCCACACUGCAGCGACUGCCAUACCAACUAGAAAUCGCCAUGCUUGCACUGCUGUCAAUCAUUUGUAUAUAUGGAGCUCUGGCAUCACUGGUCAACUGCAUCUUCUUCGGGAGACUGCUGCCUAUGGGCCCUUCCUUAUUAAAGGAGAAAGUGAAGGAGGAAUCUUUUCCUGAGCUACCCUGUCCUGUUGCUAAUUCACGACUCACCAGUGGUCUCCUGAAGAUCGCUGGCCUUCUGGAGGAGGGCGGAGUUUGCGGUGUUCCCACAGAUACAGUCUAUGCCCUGGCGGCCUCCUGCAAGAAUCCUCAGGCUAUUGAGAAAAUCUACGGCAUUAAAGACAGACCAGCAGAGAAGCCCAUCUGUAUCUGCAUCUCUAGUGUGGAGCAGCUAGUAGCAGCCAGGCCUCCCUUCAGUCCUCUGCUCUGGGAGUUUAUGAGGAACGUGUAUCCUGGAGGCAUCAGCUGCAUCAUCAGCAAAGGAGACUGGCUGUAUAAACUCGGAGUGGGACCGGCUUAUGACCGUGUCGGCACCAAGGACAGCAUCAUGAUCCGUGUCCCAGACCACACUGUGAUCGUCCACCUGUGUGACAUCACCGGUCCCCUUGCCAUUACCUCAGCCAAUCCAAGUGGAGAACCAGACAGCACCCACCACAGCAUGGUCAUCAAUCGACUUGGACACAAGAUCCAGGGAGUUCUUUGUGAUGGGGACUCUAAUGAAGUUGUUGCUUCUACUGUGGUUAACUGCCUGAAGAUUGAUGAAGGGACCAUCACCAUUGUAAGGGAAGGCUGUGUCCCCGCCAUUAAAGUUCAACACAUCUUUGAAAGAGUGAAAAAUACUAUGGUGUGAUCUUCACAUUCCUCAUAUCUCCCCUCACACCUGGAUCCCUGUGAGACCCUUUGUCCAUUCAGCAAUCUCAGGAACACUUUACAGAAGAAAUCGGAAUAAUUAGAUAGAGCUGUUUGUAUUUUGUAUCUGUGGAUGUCUUGACAAAAAGUAAUCAUUUGUAGCUCAAAACAACUUAUAUGGGCAGUUAUCAUUGAAGAAUCUCAGCUGACAAACCAUGACUUAGAUGAGAUCUCUCACAUUGUAACAGCCUGGAAGGAACUGUAAUAACUUUAUAUUUAUGUUAGUUUAUUGAAUUAAAAAUGAAUUUGUGAAAUGACUUGGGAUUGAAUGAUACUGUAAUAAAUUAUUAAUGAGAUACAAGAAAAUGUAUCUUAUGUUACAAGGUAUUUAAGCUCACUGUGUUUAUUCUUUAUCGUAUUAUAUUGUAUUGGGUUGUAUUGUACUUCACUGUGUACUGUUCUGAAUAGUUAUUUGAAAUAAAGAGUGAA